AUGGCGCCAAAAGCGAAGAAGGGAGUUCCUGCUCCUCCUAAAGCUGAAGCCAAGGAAAAGGCUUUGAAGGCCACGAAGGCAGUGCUGAAAGGUGUCCACAGCCACAAAAUGAAGAUCCGCACUUCACCCACCUUCCGGCGGCUCAAGGCGCUGCGGCUCCAAAGACAGCCCAAAUACCCUCGGAAGAGUGCUCCAAGGAGAAACAAGCUUGACCACUAUGCGAUCAUCAAGUUCCCCCUGAUCACUGAGUCAGCCAUGAAGAAAACAGAAGACAACAACACACUGGUGUUCAUUGUGGAUGUUAAGGCCAACAAGCAUCAGAUCAAACAGACUGUGAAGAGGCUCUAUGACAUUGAUGUGGCUAAGGUCAAUACCCUGAUCAGACCUGAUGGAGAGAAGGCAUAUGUUCGACUGGCUCUUGCUUUAGAUGUUGCCAACAAAAUUGGAAUCAUCUAAACUGAAUCCAGCUGGCAAAUUAUAAAUACACAUUUUUCCCAC